AUGCCCAAUUCGUCCUACUACGCAAGACGGUACAGGACUCUAUUCAGCCCUGAAGCACUCAACUUCUCCACACAUCAGCCGCGGCCCGCCAUUGCAGCGGUCUACUCGCCAGCUCCCAGCGGGAUUCACUGCGGGCUGCCAAAAGCUGCAGCAGCGUCGCGAAACCCAAGAGUUUUGCUCACAUUCUUCCUGCCUAUAGUUCUCGCGACUGGCAUAGUAACAUAUCUGGAGGGUAAAACCGAGCCCAACGUCGCGUUCAACGACCGGGCCGCCACGCAAGACACGAUCACGCACGAAGCCGCCAGAAGAAAAGCCCUGGCUGACGCCUACGGCGAUCGAGAGAGCUUGGAUAGACUCGCAGAGGUCAUGGCAAUAUACGAAGCCACGCGCUAG